GCCGUUCUGCCUUUCCUUUCCCUCACACAAGUUAACGUGCCUCUGCUAGAGACUGUGGUGUUCAGCCGCAAGCCAUUCUUUUCUAUCCCUCAUAAAGUCGCUCCCUUGCCGGCCUUCGGGUCUUGUCGCUCCCUUCAUCACCCACGCUCACUUAGUUAUACUACGCUAGCUUCUUCGCUGUCUUGCAGAUCUUCAUCCUGUGUGACAGUUAAAAAAGGAAAGAUGCGCUUCUCCAUCGCCACCGCUUUCGCUUUUGCGGCAUCCGUCCUGGCCCAGAACCCGACUGCCGGCUUCGAUGUAAUUACCAAGCCCACUCAAGACGAGAAGGUCCCCGCCGGGUCGACAUAUGAGAUCGUCUGGGAAAAGGAUGCCCGCCACCCCGGCCCCAUCACGAUCGGCCUGCUCGGUGGAAAGACGCCGUCGAGCCUGACCCUUGUUGACACCAUCGCGACCGGAGUUGAUGGCGGCGCCGAGUCGUUCAGUUGGCAUGUGCCCAAGACGCUUGGCGACCUCGCAACCUACGGCAUCAUUAUUUACCUGGAGUCCGACAAGAACAUCUUCCAGUACGGCUUCCCCUUCCACAUUGUCGGCGGCAGCAGCGGGUCCUCGGAGACCGGCAACAACACCGUGACCCUCACUGGGACGCAGACCACGAGCCAGACCUCGGCCGCCGCCACCACCACCAUUACCACCAUCGGCAAGAACUCGACUCGCACCACGUUCACGACCUCGCCGUCGGUGACCUCCGUGCCGACCACCAUCCGCAGCAACUACACCACCACUUCGACUGGCUCCGGCUCCGGCUCUGGCUCUGGCUCUGGCUCCGGCCCGGUCAUCACCACCGUCACCAGCGACGUCACUCGGGUCCCCACCCCAACGACUGCUGCGACCACCGCCGUGACUACCAACGGCGUCGCUUCUCUCGCUGCUGGCUCGUUUGCUCUGUUCGGCGGUGUUGCCAUGGCUGUACUUGCCCUCUAAGAGGCCGUUCCUGUUGUUCCUGGUUUAGAAUUUGGUGGCGAUGUUUGUGUUCUCAAAGUUCUUGUCGAAUGCAUGGCGGGAUGUUGCAGACUGGAGUACGUUGACGUAUGAUUGGGUUUAAUGGCAUGACAGAAUGGAGGGUUUGUAGUCAGAGUGUCUCUUCGCGCUUGGCGCAUUUGAUGGCUGGAUCAGAGAGCGUCGAGAAUGAUGGUCUUGUUUAUCUAGCCAUGAUGCUGCUAAUUGAGAUACCCUUGAUAACACCAUCUGCUUCUGG